AUGACAGUGUCUGUGAUGACAAUAUUUGUGCUGUUAGUUGUCUUAAUAGGUGAGAAUGCGAUGUUCCGUUAUGAUAAUUAUUCUCAUGGCAUUUACUGUGUAUUCACACUGAGCACGUUUGAAUUGUACUUUAUCUCUCUUAUGGUUUUAGAUUGCAUGAACGCACAAAUUACGCAUCCUGAGCCUUUGAUUAGAAGGUACACGGGUAAAUCUGCUCUAAUCAAAUGCACUGUGGACCAAUCGACCAGUCUUCAGUCCAAUGCUCUUCACGUAUACAGAGCUAAACCAGGAGAAGCUUUCCAACGAGUCAUGCUUUUCGCAUCAGGAUCCAAAAAGGGUCAAAACGAUGCCGCUUUCCCCCGUAGAUUUAGUGGAUCAAUAAGUCGUCAGCAAAUGACCCUCACUAUCUCAGCACUGACGCUGGACGAUGCGGCGGUAUACUAUUGUGCGCUCUGGAGCGGAGACAAGAAAGUCUUCGGUUCGGGCACAAGACUUUAUGUGACAAAUCAAGGCAGUACUGUGCCACCAAAAGUAUCAGUGUACCCACUGUCCUCAGCAGAAAAAAAUGGCAAAAGCGCAAUGAUAUGUCAAGCCAAAGGCAUGAUUCCUGACUUGGUGGAAUUAUUGUGGGAAAAAAAGACGACAGAAGGUUGGACUACAGUGUCACAGGAUAAUGUUGUGGAGCAGAAAAACGAAAAGCCACAGACUACCGUGACAAGUAUGGUGAUCGUAGAUAAAAAUACAGCCCAAAACAACAUUUACCGAUGCUCUGUUACACAUGAGGGGUUCAAAAAUAAACGUGAACAUUAUGAAUUAACAAAAGAUGAAAAAGAGCCAGAAGGGGAAACCCAGGGUGGCACUCAGAUCAUGUCAACAUGUGCACCCAGCACAGAGAAAACACAAAACCAGAUAUCAGAUACUUUGGAUCAAACACACAGUCUGUCCCUGUUUGUCUAUGCUUAUGGUGUAAUGCUCAUGAAGAAUGGAAUUUAUUUUUGUGCCGUCUUUAUCUUUCUUUUGAAGAGAAAAGCUGGAAAGAAAGACGCAAGCUCUUAGGGGUUAAACGAUCAACAUGAAGCAAACAUCAUGUUUAUCAUAUAUAGUAUAUUCCUUUGAUGUUUUACAAAUAGAUGCACAUUUGACAAUAAACUCUCUCUACAUUAGGAAUUUAUUAACAAAUGUUUUAGUUUUAGAUCUGCUUUAUUAACGCUUCUAAAAAAUUAAAUGUUCACCUGAUAAUAUUUUGGCAGUUCAUUUAAAAGCUUAGAAACAAACUUUCUUCUUUCUGCUUCUUUAAAAUAUAUGCAAUAAAAAAUGCAUUGAGUAUUUUGGCUAUCAGUUAUUUUUUUAUUUUAUUUUUAUUUUUUGUAUUCUCUGAAUUUGUUGAAUAAAAUCUGAUAAAAUCCUGAUAUAUUUAUUUUUACCCAUUA